CUCUCUCCUCUAUGGCCGCCGGCCUCGGAAGGACCACAGAAUAAACUCCUGCUCGCACCCAUUUCCAACCCCUCCUCCCUCUGCCUUCGCCUUUUUAUGCACCAAAACCUCCAUAAAAUCCCCACUUUCUUCCAUCUCCUGCUAUCAAUUUCUCUCCCUCUUCAGAGGGCAUCGGCUCGUCGGAGAGGGCAAAGCCUUAGAGGAGAGGAUGGCUUCCUCCAAAUGGGUCGCGUUGGCUCAUCUUGUUUCUCUACUGACUUCAGUCCUUGCUUGUUCUUCCUCUCCCGAUCCCGCUGGAUUCCUCCAGAGGGCAAAGGAAUCGGAGUUCUUGGACUGGAUGGUAGGCAUCAGGAGGAGGAUCCACGAGAAUCCGGAGCUCGGGUAUGAGGAAUUCAAGACCAGCGAGCUCAUCAGGAGGGAGCUCGACGCGAUGGGCAUCGCCUAUAAGCAUCCGAUCGCCGUCACGGGUGUUGUGGGGUUUGUCGGCACUGGGAAGGCUCCGUUUGUUGCGUUGAGGGCCGACAUGGAUGCGCUUGCGAUGCAGGAGAACGUGGAGUGGGAGCACAAAAGUAAAGUCUCUGGCAAAAUGCAUGCGUGUGGCCAUGAUGCCCAUGUCGCGAUGCUGCUAGGUGCUGCUAAGAUCCUCCAAGAGCAUCGUGAUGAGUUGCAGGGAACGGUUGUCCUCCUUUUCCAGCCAGCUGAGGAAGGAGGUGGUGGGGCUCAAAAAAUUAUAGAAGCUGGAGCUGUGGAGAAUGUUGAUGCUAUUUUUGGGUUUCAUGUAGCAUCUGAUUUACCUGUUGGUGUAGUGGCAUCCAGGCCUGGGCCAAUUAUGGCAGGGAGUGGGUUCUUUGAGGCUGUAAUUAGUGGAAAGGGAGGUCAUGCUGCCAUUCCUCAGCACACGAUAGAUCCAAUUUUGGCUGCAUCGAAUGUGAUAGUAAGCUUGCAGCAUCUUGUUUCACGGGAAGCUGAUCCCUUGGAUUCACAGGUACUAACAGUGGCAAAAUUUCAAGGAGGUGGCGCGUUUAAUGUCAUUCCAGAUUCUGUUACAAUUGGGGGAACUUUCCGUGCCUUUUCAAAAGAAAGCUUUUCUCAACUGAAGCAACGAAUUGAGGAGGUAAUUGUUGCACAAGCGUCUGUACAGAGGUGCAGUGCUACUGUGGACUUUCUUAUCAAAGAACGUCCCUUCUUCCCUGUGACGGUUAACAGCAAUGAUCUUCAUGAACACUUCCAGAAGGUUGCGGAGGAAAUGCUUGGGUCCAGCAAUGUCAGAGAUAGGCAGCCGGUGAUGGGAGCUGAGGACUUUGCGUUUUUUACUGAAGUCAUCCCCAUGGCAUACUACUACUUUGUAGGGAUGAUGAAUGCUUCACAUGGACCACUACAUCCUGCACACUCUCCAUACUUUACAGUCAAUGAGGAGGCACUUCCAUAUGGUGCAGCCCUUCAUGCAUCUCUUGCCGUAUGGUACCUUUUUGAAAAUCAUGCCCCUUCUCCUUCGAAGGCCGAUUCCCAUGAUGAACUCUAGACAUUCUUUUUCCAUUCCUGGUGUCUUAAGUUGCAGAUGAAUUGGAUGGUUUUGUGCAGGUGGAUUGUGUUAGUUUAACACCAUGAGCACUUUAUAACUGUAUAUUGGGAUGAUGUCGGGAUUUAUAACAGGCUGUGAUUUGUCUUGCUCAACUGCUGCUGAAUUUUCCAUUAUUUUAUGUGUAGUUUAUCUUAAAUUCAUGUUAGACGUAAACAACUUCAUCUUA